AUUGUCUCCUUGUUGAUAAGUUUCACGCCCCCUGGCUCGCCUGACCACCCACACACUCUACCCCUGGCCCUAGAUCGUCCCCAGUCCCCGCCCCCAGUCCCCAGUCUGUCACACGUUGCAGCGCAGCGCGCCAGGUCAACAUACGGAACGACCAUACACUAUCCAACACUGCCGCCGCAUUGACCCCUCUCUGAGAAAAACACUCUCCUCCAAGACAACCACCCAGAUAUAUUUCCUCUGCUGUCGAUAUCAUCCACCCCCCGCCAGUACAGCAACAGCCAGACGUCGCAUCUCGGUCGCUCGCUCAAGGACGGUUGCCAUCACAAUGUUCUAAUGCUCCACACCCCCAUCCCCCUGCGUCUGUCUGUCAACAAGAGACGAUUCCAUCUCUCCCCGCGUACACCGUCCUUCACAUCCAACCCGCCUGCCACCCCAUCGCUCCCGCUCAGUGGCACAUCCUUCCCAUCCCCCGCGGCACCGCCUUCUCCUGCUCUCGGACUUUCCCACAAUCCCCGGAAACGUUUUUCCUCCCCGACAUCCGCUUCAUCUCUAGAAGCUGGCGGGUCAAGAAUUGAUUGUCAAAGGCCCACCAAGCGCAUCCGCUCGCUGGGCAACGAGGACAAGGGAAACCACAAAGGUACCUUGGGAUUGAGCAUUAGCACUGGUACCAGUGUUGAACACGGCAAGAUGGAGGAUAUCGAGAUGCGAGAAGAUGGGGACAAUGUGCAUAUAAAGACGGGCGACGAAGAAGAGUCGUUCGGUAACGUGCCCAGCUAUCAGGCCAGAACCAUCGGCAAGCCCUUCCCUACUGCUCAGUCAGGCCUGCCUCAGUCGACACCAUUGUUCCCGCCACUCCCUGCACUCGCCAUGCGCAGAUCCAACCCCAAGAAACUCUCCCUUUCUCUUCCCUCAUCCUCCUCUUCAUCGACAUCUUCCACCCCCACCGCUACAGGUCCCAGCGACUCGACGUUCCCUACACCCUUCACCCCAGGACCACCCCGUACACCAGCUCUCGCCAUGUCUACGGGCCGCUCAACGACACGAGGUCUUCGCCGCCCGUCGCUGCUGAGCCUCAUCACCCAACCUCCCAGCGGAGACGCGGUGCCGCCCACGCCUUCGGUCGGCAUGCACCCCUACGCCACUAUGCAUAUGCCCCGUAGCAAGGGCCGAGCGAGGAGUCAGACGGCGGAAGAAAUCUUUACGACGAGGCCAGAGAACAAAGGAGGCAGCUGGUCUGCCACCCCUCUCGGUAUGGGUAUGGGUGUACCUACCAUUGAAGAGACAGAGGGCAGCAGCCUGACUACGUCUGGUCUCGACCAGCUCGGCUACGCGCUGCCUUCUUCGAGCCCGCAAAAGCCUGCCUCUGAUUCAUCUUCCUCGACGUCCUUCUCGGCGUCCACCAACACCACCCCUUCCACCUCUCCUCCCCUUCCCGCGUCAAUCUCCUUCUCCAAGCCGUAUCCCGUCCGCCAGGCUGAGCCUUACGAGGACGGCCCUAUCGAGGUCGUUCCCGGCGUGUGGCUCGGCGCGGAAGAGUCUGCAUGGCGAUUUGGCGUCUGGGCUUUUGGCAAGAGCAAGGUGCGGAUCGUCAAUGUCGCUCAAGAGAUUGACGACCCCUUUGACCUUUCCGUCCGCGCCGAUCCCGGCUGGUCCGGUACUGGUUCAGAGAAGAAGGGCAGCAUGAAGCUCAAGACGUACCCCUCUAUCUCUGAAGGCCCUGCGGCGAGGCCUGAGGUGGAGUAUUGUCAUGUGAGGUGGUCGCAUGGCGAGCUAGGACUGGCGGAUCUGCCAGAGAAGGCGACUUUGGGGGAUGUGAGGAGGCCACAGGGGCCCGAGGUGCAAGAUAUGUGGAAGUUUUGGCAGGCGAUCCGUUGGAUGGAAGAGGGAAGAAAGAGCGGGACGCCGGUGCUUAUACAUUGCCAAUGUGGUGUGUCGAGAUCGGCUACACUGACCAUCGCCUAUGUCAUGGCCCUGGCGGCUGCGGGCACCAUGCCCGAAUAUCUCGGCCACAUUCGGUCUAUGCAAGACGCCUACGACUUUGUCAAGAACAAGUCCAGCUGGAUCGGUCCCAACCAUUCGCUGGUGUUUCAACUUGUGGACUUUGCCCGCAACCUCACGUCCCUUCUUUCUCUCCACUAUUCUGCCGACCCUGCCGAACACAUUCCGACUUCCUUCCCCACCUCUGCCGAUGCCGAGCUGAGCGAGGCCGAGUGGGCCCGUCGGCGACGCGAGUUUGACGAGAGCGAGCAUCUCGACCACAGUAGUAGCUCCGUGGGGAGCGAGGGGAGAAGGACGAGUGAUGAGAGCGGGAGUGGGAGUGACUGCAUGAGCCCGGAAGAAGCGGGGGACGAGGCGAGAAGGCUGGAUGAUGCGAUGGUGGCCAGAAGGGCGUUGAGAGAAGCUGUCUGAGAAAGAACAGUGCUUGUCUCCUGUCUUGUGUCUCGAGGUUGUACGACACAUCAUUAUCGUUUUUCUUAUUUUGGGCUUUUUUCAUCGUUGAUCUCAUUCGUUCCGCUCGCGUUGUACCAGCUACCACCCCAAAGGAAAAUCAUCAGGGAACAAUCGCCCUUUUUCGUCUUUUUACCUUCAUCUUUAUCUGUAGUCAUAUUUACUUGUUAUUAGACACUUUAUGUCGAUUGUGAUGGAUAUUAUGGAUAGUGUUAUAUAUGCACCUUCAGAUCCC